CAAAAGCAUAGUUUUAAGAUAAACAAGCAAAGGAAUGGGUGUUUACACAGCCGUAAUUUUUGGCGCGUUUUUUGUGUUUAUUGAGGUAGCGGGUUCCUUAGAACCUUCGAGAAUCGUGGUAACGAAACAGGGGAAAGUUGAAGGUGAAUUAGCCAGUAAUGGGUUGUAUUAUGAAUUUUUGGGCAUUCGUUACGGCGUUCCUGUAAAAUUUAGGGCCCCCGAAGAACCGCCAUCUUUCGACGAAGUUUACAAAGCCGACAACAGAGCAGUAUUAUGCCCUCAAUUCCUCACUACUGACCCCUUGGCAGCACCAAGUGAAAACGAAGACUGCCUGGUUCUUAACAUCUACUCCCCAAGCGCUGUCACCAAUUCCUCAUUACCAGUCCUUGUUUUUCUCCACGGAGGAGGCUUCGGCACUGGAUCUGGCUCUCCAAGCUUCUACGGCCCACAAUACCUAGUCAGUCAUGGCAUUAUUGUAGUUACGGUGAAUUAUAGACUCAACGCGUAUGGCUUCCUCAAUCUUGGCAUAGAAGAGGCCCCUGGUAACGCUGGCUUAAAGGAUAUUAGAGCCGCUUUAAGAUGGAUCCAGGAAAAUAUCAAAGGCUUCAAUGGUGACCCUGAUAAUGUUACAGUAAUGGGUCAAGGCAGCGGUGGUAUAGCAGCUAUUUAUCUUACCUUAUCUGAUUCAACUAAAGGCUUAUUCCACAGGAUAAUAUCUGAAAGUGGUACUCUUUUUGCACCUCAAUCCUUCGAUCCAAAACCACUAAGAACCGCGAGCCAGGUUGCUAAAUCUUUGGGCCUAAACACAAUGGACCCUAAGAAAUUGCUUAAAACAUACACAGAAACCGAUAUCAUCAAAGUAGAAGAAGCUAUUUCAAAACAAAUGAAUCCUAAAAGCGUUUUUUUGCCGUCAGCGGAAAAGGUUUUCGAAAACGAAGAGGCUUUUAUAACUGAAUCUCCUUAUGCUAUUUUAUCAAGUGGUUCCUUCCAUCCAGUCCCAAUCAUUCUCGGUCUGAAUACGGUUGAAGGACUGACUAGUACUUUAGAUUACAACACUAUAACCAGCCAAAUGGAUAGAAUUAAAAACGAAGAUUACUCAGCCCUCGAUCAGAGGAGUCUCAUAGUAGCCAAAGACGAAAUUGAAGAAUUCAGAACCACUUUGAAGGAGUCAUAUUUCUCUAAUACCACUUCUGACGAAGCUUUGAUUGGUGGUAUUAUUAAUUUGAAUACGGACUUCUCUUUCGUGGGGCCGAUGUCGUUGUUUUCUGAAUUGUAUUCGAAUCAUUCUGACGUUCCGAUUUACGAGUACAUUUUCAAUUAUAUCGGAAGCAGGAAUUUGGGCCGGCUGCUGACUAAUAGUAGUUUGAAUGCUACGGCGCACCAAGAUGAACUGUUUUACCUGUUCGAGUUAGAACGUGUACCUCUGCCUAUGAAUGAAGAUGACGCUAGAAUGGUUACCUUUAUGACAAUGAUGUGGACUAACUUUGCACGAUACGGCUCACCAACUCCUGAACCACGUAACGGCGAAUGGUUCCCAUACCCCUACCACCUAGCCAUAACCCUGGAACCCCAAUACGUGACGCCGCUCACGCCUGACCGCGCGUACUUUUGGCGCGCUUUGUACAGCCAAUAUGGCGCUGACAUUAAUUAAAAAUGGCGGGAAGAUUAACGGUAUUACUUAAAUAAUUUAUUGUAAUUUUAAGUUAGAUUUGUUAUAUAUUUUGUAUUUAUUUUAUGUAUUUUCCCCAAUAUUUAUUUUUUUGUUAAGUA